CUCGAGAGGUUGAACACAGUUGAACAUAACCUACAAUGACUUAGCGGGGGACAAUUUUGUUGCUCCGAUUAACAAACCGUGUCGUAUAAGUGUUUUAAAAAACAGCGUAAUCAGCUCAUGAUAAUAACCGAAGUAACCAAAAUAUCACCGACUGAUGAAAAUCGCGCUUGCCAAGUGAUUUUAUAUUUGAAAAGUGAGCAAAGUUAUAAUUGACGCAAAACGGAACAAAGCGAGAGGCCUUGUCAGGCACUGUUGCUUCGCAUCAUUUUGGAGUUUCGUGCCCAGCUUCUUCUCCGGAAUAUUCUGUUGAGAUGAUUUAGAUUCUCAAUAGAAAGAUAAUUCCCAUGACCGAGUUUUUCCGGAAAUAUAUCGUGAAUAACAAACUUUGGAUUUUAAUUCAGGGUACUGAAAACCUGACGUUGGCGAAUUUUCAGCCAUGCUUUUCUACGACAGUUUCUCGAAGACUCACAAUGUUGUGUUAAUUAACAACGGAGCCGAGGAAAUUCAAAUGGGAAUUGACGAUUUGCAAAAUUCUCGAGGUCGUCCAAUUUUCGUUAUGGGCCAGAAUGCACAAUUGCAGGAAAUAGGAAUAACAGAGGACGUCCUUGCCGUAUUGAAACCUGAAAGUUUGCUUGAGUUGGCACACAGAGAGUACCAAGCAGGCGACUACGAAAAUGCGGAGAGGCAUUGUAUGCAGCUUUGGAGGCAAGAGACAAACAACACUGGGGUUCUCUUACUACUUUCGUCCAUCCAUUUUCAGUGUCGCAGACUAGAAAAGUCAGCGCACUACAGUAGCUUGGCUAUUAAGCAAAACCCUCUUUUGGCGGAAGCCUACAGUAACCUGGGUAAUGUAUAUAAGGAACGCGGUCAGCUUCAAGAGGCUUUAGAAAAUUACCGUCACGCUGUAAGGUUGAAACCUGACUUCAUCGAUGGGUAUAUCAACCUGGCAGCAGCCCUCGUUGCUGCUGGUGAUAUGGAACAAGCCGUUCAAGCCUACGUCACGGCUUUACAAUACAACCCGGAUCUCUACUGUGUGCGAAGUGAUCUUGGUAAUCUUUUGAAAGCAUUAGCAAGACUUGAUGAAGCCAAGGCAUGCUACCUCAAGGCGAUCGAGACACGACCUAAUUUUGCGGUCGCCUGGAGCAACCUCGGUUGCGUCUUCAAUGCACAGGGUGAAAUUUGGCUUGCCAUACAUCACUUCGAGAAGGCUGUCGCUCUUGAUCCCAAUUUUCUGGACGCAUACAUCAAUCUGGGAAAUGUCCUCAAGGAAGCACGUAUCUUCGAUAGAGCUGUUGGAGCGUAUCUUCGUGCUUUGAACCUCAGUCCCAAUAAUGCAGUCGUGCACGGCAAUUUGGCUUGCGUCUAUUAUGAACAAGGCCUCAUCGACCUUGCGAUCGACACAUAUCGCAGAGCGAUUGAACUCCAGCCCAACUUCCCUGAUGCCUAUUGUAAUUUGGCGAACGCGCUCAAGGAAAAGGGUCAGGUGGCCGAGGCAGAAGAAUGUUACAAUACUGCUUUGCGCCUCUGUCCCACACACGCAGAUUCUCUUAACAAUCUGGCCAACAUAAAACGCGAGCAGGGUUACAUAGAAGAAGCCACACGUCUGUACUUAAAAGCCCUGGAAGUAUUCCCAGAAUUUGCCGCGGCCCACAGCAAUUUAGCCUCUGUUUUGCAACAACAAGGAAAACUCAACGAAGCCCUGAUGCAUUACAAAGAGGCAAUUCGCAUUCAGCCAACUUUUGCUGAUGCGUACUCGAAUAUGGGAAAUACCCUUAAGGAGAUGCAAGACAUCCAGGGAGCACUUCAGUGCUACACUAGAGCUAUUCAGAUUAAUCCCGCUUUCGCUGACGCUCAUUCUAAUCUUGCCUCUAUUCACAAGGACUCUGGAAAUAUCCCAGAAGCAAUCCAAUCAUACAGAACGGCUUUGAAAUUAAAGCCUGAUUUUCCAGAUGCCUAUUGCAAUCUGGCUCAUUGUCUGCAGAUUGUCUGCGACUGGACCGAUUACGAAUCCAGGAUGAAGAAGCUUGUCUCAAUUGUCGCUGAACAACUAGAAAAGAACAGGUUGCCGAGUGUUCAUCCACAUCACUCGAUGCUGUAUCCAUUGUCGCAUGACUUUAGGAAGGCGAUCGCUGCGAGACACGCCAAUUUGUGCAUUGAAAAGAUUCAUGUUCUUCACAAACCACCCUACAAAUAUCCACGUGAAAUAGGAGCUCGCCUGAAGAUUGGUUACGUUUCAUCCGAUUUCGGAAACCACCCAACGAGUCAUCUUAUGCAAUCGAUUCCUGGUCUCCACGACAAGCAAAAUGUCGAGAUUUUCUGCUAUGCAUUGAGCACCGAUGAUGGCACAACAUUCCGAGCUAAAAUCGCCAGGGAAUCUGAGCACUUUAUCGAUCUCUCGCAAAUCCCCUGUAACGGAAAAGCCGCCGAUCGAAUCAAUGCAGAUGGCAUUCAUAUUUUGGUGAACAUGAAUGGCUACACAAAAGGCGCCCGAAACGAGAUCUUUGCUUUAAGACCGGCGCCUAUUCAAGUAAUGUGGCUCGGAUAUCCGGGAACUUCUGGUGCCAGUUUCAUGGAUUACUUGAUCACGGACGAAGUUACUUCGCCCUUGGAACUUGCAAGCCAAUAUAGCGAGAAACUCGCCUACAUGCCGCACACAUAUUUCAUUGGAGAUCAUACACAAAUGUUCCCCCAUUUGAAAGAGCGUUUGAUACUGGCCGAUAAAUUAGGAUUAAAGGGAAAAGUUGCCGAUAACGUGGCAGUUAUCAACGCAACGGAUUUGUCGCCAAUGAUGGAAAAUACUCUCAUCAAGGAAAUUCGUGAAGUAAUUAAGCCCGACGGGAAAAAUAAUCCCGUAGAAGUGUCUCUGAAGGUGGCUGAGCUGCCAACGACGACUCCCAUCGAGACAAUGAUCGCUUCUGGUCAGUGCCAGAUGUCGGUGAAUGGAGUGGUUGUUCAAAAUGGCAUGGCUACAACGCAAGUAAACAAUAAAACGGCAACGGGCGAGGAAGUUCCACAGAACAUUGUUAUUACGACGAGACAGCAGUAUGGAUUGCCUGAAGAUGCGGUUGUUUAUUGUAACUUUAAUCAGCUCUACAAAAUCGAUCCACUUACUCUUCAAAUGUGGGCUUAUAUUUUGAAACACGUGCCAAAUGCAGUGUUGUGGCUCUUGCGUUUCCCGGCUGUUGGCGAGCCAAACUUGCAGGCGACAGCUCAACAAUUGGGUCUUUCACCGGGCAGAAUUUUGUUCUCCAAUGUUGCUGCCAAGGAAGAACAUGUUCGUCGAGGACAGUUGGCCGAUGUUUGCUUGGAUACGCCUCUGUGCAAUGGGCACACGACAAGCAUGGAUGUUUUGUGGACCGGCACACCGGUUGUCACACUGCCAGGAGAAACUUUGGCUUCACGAGUGGCUGCAAGUCAAUUGAAUACUCUGGGAUGUCCCGAGUUGGUUGCUCGUACGAGGCAAGAGUAUCAGGAUAUCGCUGUUCGACUUGGAAACGAUCGAGAAUUCUUGAAGGGAAUUCGCGCCAAGGUCUGGGAAGCACGAUCGAAUAGUCCUCUCUUCAACUGCAAGAUGUACGCCUUGGGAAUGGAAAUGCUGUACAAGAAAAUGUGGGAGCGAUUUAGCCGUGGAGAGAAACCCGACCACGUUGCCGCUUUAGAAAAUGGAGAGAAUCUGAAGCAAAUAAUGUCUACUUAAAUUCUCAUCAUCACCAAAGGUGCUUCUAUAAUCUAUAAUUUACCAUCGACGCGUUGAUCUCGAUCAGUCGUCGAACCUAGCACAGCUUCCCCUUUUCUCCCUCUAGAUUUCUGUCCUCGCGCAGUUAUGCAUUUACGAUUUUCCAUCGUUUAUUAUUACCCUUUGAGUCUCGAAUAACCUGAACCACGAGCGACUUCUCUUUUCUACAAUAGAUUGAUUGACGAGCUUAGAAUAGUCGUUAGUCAGUGAACUCUAAUUUAUAAACAUGAUACGAGUCUGCCUGUGAGUCUAUUGACGUUGUUGGAUUAGCGUGACAUGACUGUACAAAUGAAUGAAAGCGAGCGAGCGUACGAGCGCUCUCCUUUGCUGUUUUGGCACUAUUUAUUCUGUUCAUUCUUAUCGCAACGACUUCUCCCAGUGGAGAAAAUUUCGCUCACUUCUUCAUUGCAUUGGCGAAAAAGAAACUGACUGGUGUAGUAUAUUUUCUUAUCUGUCCCGAGGCUGAGUAACCUGGCCAGAAAAUAUCCUGUCGUUGAUGUUUUGAUUGCGGUGAGAUCUAGGAAAUUUUAAGCGAUAAACAGUGCGACCUUCGUUUGCUCAAUGUUACCACGAAGGGUGAUAUUUUGUUGGAACCAGAAGGAAUUUCGAAGACGACAAGAAGUGACGGACAGAUCUUACCGUAAGUGCGCGGACGGACACUUCUCGCCGACGGAUGGUACUAGUUAUUAUUGUAUAGUAUCGAAUUUCGUCAAUACACACUUGUAAAUAAUUGAAUGCAAUCAUCAUUAAUCUUAUCAUCUGAGUAGUGUGAGAAGUAUGUUAAGGUCUAAUGUGUGCGGAAUUAUAUAUAUACAUACAUGCUGCAUAUUGCAUAUAUAAAAGGCAUUCAACCAGAAUGGAUAAUAUGCGAUGUAAAUUUAGAAAAUAAAGAUAGUAUAUGACUAAGUUUCGCAAGAAAAA